AUGGAGUGUAACCGAAGCAAGCGAAGAGGGUUCUUGAAAGGGAAGCUGGCCAUGUCAUUUUAUAAGGCAGCCAAGCCUUCCUCAACUACCCCACAAUAUAAGCCGAGCCACUACUCCUCUCCAUCGACAGCCUCCGUCGGUUUCAUUGUGAAUCAGGAGCGUGUAAUUCCUCAGCCGAAGCCAAAUGUUUCAUUUGUAGUACCGGAUUUUGGUCAUGACUCGUAUGCAGCAAAGUUUGACAACCUCUAUGGUGUGGCUGCAGAUGAAGGUGUUGAUCUGAAGGCUGCAACUUACAUCUCUUGCGUUCAAGAGCGUUUCAAGCUUUAA